CACUCGUUUCCUUGGUAACAGGAUUAAGUACGCUAGUGAGCAGUUUAGCCGACAUGGACAUCAGGGAGCCGGGUGUUAGCAGAAGGGCAGUGUUCACCUGUGUGCUCGCUUUAUCUUCUCAGAAAUCCGGAGUAGUGGAGACAACAUGGUAAACGUGUUCGAUACGGACGAGGAGCACUUUGCUGUUUCCAGUUCCUCGGCUGCAGACACGGCCUUCGACGGCGUUAUUGGCUGCAUAGAGGACAUCAUCAUGGAGGACGACUUCCAGCAGAUUCAGCAGAUUUUCAUGGAGAAACAUUACCGUGAGUUUGAUGACUCUGAUGAGAACAAGCUCAGCUACACACCCAUCUUUAAUGAAUAUAUCGACCUGCUGGAAAAAUACCUGGAGCAGCAGCUGAUGGAGAGAAUUCCCGGCUUCAGCAUGGACACCUUUAAAGAGUUACUCAUGCAGCACAAGGAGGAAGUGUCAGGUGACAUCUUUGAGAUGUUGCUGACGUUCACUGACUUCAUGGCUUUCAAGGAGAUGUUUCUGCAGUAUAGAGCUGAAAAGGAGGGCCGGUGUCCAGACCUGAGUCGGGGACUGGUGGUCACAUCUCUGAACCUCGGAGGCUCCAAGCAUGCUGACUUUAAUGAAUCUCAGUGAAUCUCUGGAAAAUUGUUCCAGGGCCUUAAUGAAAGUGUUCAAUUCAGUCUUUUAACAUAAAUCUUCUGUCUGUAACGGAUAAUUUAUAUUUGUGUUUCUCUGCGUUUUAUGUAGAGGGAUCAGUGGAAGAGCCUCUGUUUCUGUUUGCCAUGAAAGGUUGAAGGUUUUGCCCACUUUCUGUUAACAAUCACUCGACUGCAUGUGACUGCUUGAAAAGUUAAUAUUUGUUCAACUGCAAUUCAUAUUUUCAUGCUUUCACUCGUGUGCAGUGAUUCUGUUUAGCUCUUACUGGAACUGCCUGUUUGAAACAGGAAGUAGAGUAUUUCUGUCCCUGUGCUGUGAAACAAAUAUGCUUCUUUUUUCAGAAAGUAGUAAAGUAGAACUAAUAUGUUUCAUGGACGUAAAUUAUUUUAACAGUCUUUAAGUUUCGAACUUGUCAAAGUAACGUUUAAUGUAAAAUGAUUGUGUGUGUCUGCAGUUAGUUUUUGGUACAAAUUGUUUUUUACGUGUUUAGAAAUGUUUCAUUUUCCAAGUAUAUUUAUUUCUCCGUUGUUGUUACGAUUGUCUGUAAAAAAACAAAAAAAACAAUAUUUUCAAAUAAGCACAAAAGAAAAA